AUGAAUCAAGAAAUUAUAGAGUUUUUAGCUAGUACAACACAUAUUACAGAUGAGAACAACGAGAAAAUCAUGAGAUUUGCCGAUGAACUUAUAGAAGAUCGAGCAAAUUUCUUCCCACUCGCUGAAAUUGCCGUUGGUCACACAGAUAUGUCUAUCAAACAUGCUGCAACAAUCUAUAUCAAUAAGAUUAUCGAUAAGAUCAACAAUUUUUGGGAUGAAAUAGAUCAAUCUGAACAAAAUCAAUUUUUGAAUUCAUUCAUUUCAAUUUUACAAUCAAAUUUAAGUCCUUCCGCACUCCACACACUACUCCACUCCAUCAUUAUCCUAUAUGCAAAUGUCAACUGCGAAUGGCCAGAUUUAAUCAACUUAAUUUUAGAAAUGCUCAACUCAGAUCGUAUUAAAACCGGCCUUAAAAUACUCAACUCAAUAUUUGUCAUUAUAAAUGAUGCCACUUACGCUCAAAUUUCUUCGAAUUUUCUUAAUAUUGCCUUUAAUUCACUGAAUUCACCAGAUAUUGAAUUACAAUUCCAAGGAUCCGACUUAUUGGCGAACUGUGUCAAGAAGCAUCAAGGCGAAGAGAUAGAUUAUUCAGAACAUGUCAAAUUAAUGCUAAAUUUAGUCUUAAAUUCAGAAAAGCUCCAUCACGAUGAGUUCUGUGAGUUCUGGGAGAACGUAAAACUCCUUGUUUUCCUUCAGAUCUUUACUCCAGAACAAGUUCUUGAAAUUGCCAAAUUUGUCUUCACUCUUGCCUCAGAUGAGGACAUGAGCCCCGACAUUAUCUCAAUGCCAUUGAGAUCCUUGAUUCCAGCCCUCGAUUCCCUUGGAGAAGAAGCUGCAUCCAAAUUAUUGGAAAUUUCAAUUGACAUUUGUGCUAGAACUAUCAAACUAGACAACGAAAUACCAGUAGACCAGCUCAAAGAACUCGAAGAUUCCUUCCAUUCCUACAGCCACCAAGAAAUUUAUCCAAUAAUUCGAACAAUUGUGUUGGAGAAGCUUUCUUCUGAAGAUGUAUCCCAACAGAUUGCAUCAUUAUUGGUAUUCUCAGUCAUUCUAACUGAAGCAAAGGACUGCGCGUUCGCAGAUAUCCAACCAAUCCUUGAAUUCAUUGACUCGGCCAUUUCUUCCGAAAAUCCUUUGUUGCAACAAGCUGCUCUUACAUGUAUCAACAAGUUUGAUGACUCUUUCGCUUCAAUUAACGUUCACGGAAUGCAUUUCCUUUCUCAGGUCAUUUCCCUUUGCGCAUCCCCUGUUUCGGCGAUAAGAGAUGUGGCCUACCAAGCUGCAGAAACGGUUUUGAAUCCAUCUGACCACAAAAUUCCAGGACUUUUUGCAGAUGUAGUCAAAUUACUCGAAACUCUCGAUACCGUGGCCGAAGGAGAGGAAGGUGAUGCUCAGAAUAUUACAGAGACCAAGUGGUCGUCCUUCCUUUCCCUUCUUGCACCGACAAUUAACUUAUCCGAAGAAUUUGAGGACGAACAAGUGGACGAAAUCCUCGGCUUGGUCGAGAAUAUCAUGUCUGAGCACGGCGACAACCCGUCCUUCCUCAUGCCGCUCUUGGAUAUUGGUGUGGCCCUCAUAAGAAGAGACGAGACACAGGCGGAAUAUAUUUUGGAAAUGUUGAACCCAGCGGUUUCUUUAUUGUUAAAGGAUGAAUCACAAGCGAGAAAUAUAUUCCACGCUGAUUACUUCUUAAAGAAUAUUGCUUUGACGAUCGGAGACGCAUCAUCUGAAUUUAUUUCGCCAUUCUUGGAAACAUUGAUCUCCAGAUUGCAGAUUAAUAUAAACGAAUUAAUAUUAUCUGGUUCUUUGGAGAGUUUGGCCCAGUUUGUCAUUUCUUGCCCUUCAUUAAAAGAAACUGUACUCGAACCGCUAUUGAAAGUCAUCGUUCCUGCCUUCUCUGAGGAUGAUGGUGAAGAAGGAAUCGUUCCAACAACAGCUAUGGCCACAGCAAGAGCUUUGAAGAAAGAUUUCCCAGCUGAUGUACAAUUAUUAGUAUUCCAGAAGGUUGUGGAUAUCGCCGUUGAAGACACAGAUGACGCUGAUGACGUCGGCGAUGCUUUCUUGACAAUUUCAAAGAUUAUUAAAUAUCUUCAUGAGGAAAACAAAGAACAAAUCAUCGGAAAGUGCAUUGAAAUCACAAACUCUAUCAUCAAUGCUACUCUUCCUUUCCUCCAUGGCCAGCAACUCAUUGAAAUUCCUUCAUUCGCUAUCGUGGCCCGACCAAUUGAGCACUUUUUGGCAGCCGUACUGAGAUAUCCUGUACCGGAGAGUGAUGCUAUCUGCAAAUUCCUCCUCGAAUGGCCAAUAGAAAGCACUGAAUUUGAAGCUGAUGAUAUAACAGGAGCUUACACAGAAGCUAUCAAGACAGGAGUUAUUUCUGAUGAUAUAAGAGAAGGAAUCUUCCAGUCUGUCAACCAGAUGUUCCAGAAUUGCCAAGAUCCAGGUGUUCAACAGAACUUAGUUUUCUUCCUUAACACUAUUUUGAGGGCCAACCACUCAGUUAUCGAACAGAUCUUACAGUUCUUGCCAGUAAUCGAUGAAUGGUACAAUAUCGGAAAGAACCAAAUUUACGGAUACCAAGACACACUUGCAAACAUUGCUUCUCUUUAUCUGGAGAUCGCCGCAGCAAUGCCUGACUUCCCAGAUCAACAGUUGAUUCAAGCAAUUGACGAAUUUCCUCCAUCAGACGUCUUAGAAACACCGAUGAUGGCCAAAUGCUUGUUGACUAUUGUUCCGAGAUUGAAUAACGCUGAUAUUUUGGGACAUGUCGCGUUGGCUUUGGCGAGAUUCGUUGUUUGGGAUGAUAAAAACAUCGAAAAAAGUAAAAUUGAUCAGUCAUUGAAGGAUCAGUUGUACGGACUGUUCAAACAGAUUGUUCAGCAGAACGAAUCAUUGAUGGGAGUUUUGCAGAAUGAUUACGCAAAGCAGAGAGCUAAGAUGAGAAGAUUACAAGCUGUUCUUAACUAA